AUGCUGCCUGGCGCCAGCCGUGGGCCACAAUACAGCACAACUGCGCUGUUUAAAUACAUAGCUGUGCACAUCAUACCUGAUCAGAUGAUGUCCUUUGGGGGCUCCACUGAUCCCUGUGCGCUCUGCAGCCUUUACAGCAUCGGCAAAAUAGGAGGGCAGCAGAACAAGACUUACACCAAGCUUCUGUGUGAUCUGAUCUCUAAGCACUUGCAUGUAUCUGCAGACAGGGUGUACAUCAACUACUUCGACAUGAACGCUGCCAAUGUAGGCUGGAAUGGUUCCACCUUUGCGUAGAGCCCUGCCAUGUGUCUGAAGAGGCUGCUCCUGGACCUGCCCUCCUCCUGCCCCUCUGCAGAGACCACCACACAAAUGGCCCCGUGUUGCGUUUUGUGCACUCUCACAGAUUGAUGGAUCCUUGCUAGUGUGUUUAAAUAUUGCUGCUUCAACAUUCCUCUGUUUUCUUUGUGUAGAAAACAAAUAAAGAUUUAGAAGUAA